AUGGAGGUCAUUACCCUCCUCCAAGGAGACGAGGACUCUCACCUUACACCAUUUUUCAUGUGUCACGCAAUCUCAGGGCUCGCGCUACCCUUUCUCCGCCUCGAAGCCCUCAGCGAAGAUGACGAGAGGCCAGUAUACGGCAUCACCUCCCCCAUGCAUUGCCCAGGUGGUAAUGAUUUCAUGUUUCCCGAGACACUGCGAGACCUUGCUGCACUCUACGUCGAAAAGAUCAAGGAAGUCCAGCCGAGGGGCCCUUACCUGCUGGGAGGAUGGUCGAUGGGCGGCAUGAUUGCCAUGAACAUGGCCAUGGUUCUGCGCGACCUGGGAGAAAAGGUCACAAAGGUAAUCAUGCUCGACUCGGCCAACCCAGAGACCUUCCCCUCGUUUCCGAGCGCCAAGGAUCACCGCUCCCUCACACACCUUACCUUUACCAGGACCGUUGCUGCCGAUAUUCGACUCAUGGACUCCGAUUGUUCUCCCAUUGGGUCGCCCGUGAUCAGUGAGAGCGAGUUUGGAGACUACCUCACCGUCGGCGAGAACCGAACAAGCACAUGGGGGACAUUUACGACGGAGGUCUCUUACUCCAGCAGCGCUUCGAGCGAUUACGAAGACGACAGCCCUGCUUGGUCUCCAAGUACCCCCGGGUCACCGGCGUGUAGCAGUGAAGCUGGGUCAGAAUUCUGCCCAGAGCAGAACCGAUUGCUACAAGACUUUCCCACGGAGGAUCAAAUCGACGCCGAGACCCUCACCGCUGCUCACGACCUCGAGGUCACCCAAAACGAAGAAGAAAACGACGAAGAUGAUGACCAGGACGCAGAAGAAGACGAAGAAUUUGACCAAAAUGAGCCGGACCAGGUUCGCGACUUCCUGCAAAAGAUCAAGCAGCAUAUCCAUAAAGGUCUCGGCCUCAUCUCGACCGUCGAGCCGGGCCAAUUGCUCCCCAAAGACGGCGUCUCCGACUUCCAUACCGUCCUCAUCAAAUGCAAGCCCGACCCGUUCGACGACCCCAAUUUGACCCAGCGAGAGCGCGAGGGCGUCAUCUUUGUCCGCUCCGUCAUGCGCGAAACGGCCAUGUGUUGGGAAGCGGAGAAGUUUGCCAAGUUCGAGACGGUGCCCUUCAGCGGCGACCACGAUGGCGCAUUUGAGCCCCAGCACGUGGGCGAGCUGAGCGGGAUUUUCAGAAAGUGUCUGCAGGGUCUAGAAUGA